AUGGCCGAGCACAACCGGUAUGAGCAUCCUCUAGUGAGCCGCUAUGCCACCAAAGAGAUGAGUGAGAUCUGGUCACCCGACCGCAAGUUCUCGACGUGGCGUGAACUGUGGCUGGCGCUGGCUGCGUCGGAGAAGAAACUGGGACUCGCCAUUACUCAGGAGCAGCUGGACGCCAUGAAAGCGCAUCUGACGGACAUUGACUAUGAGUACGCGGCCGAGAUGGAAAAGAAGUUUCGCCAUGACGUCAUGGCCCACGUACAUGCUUUUGGCAAGGUGGCACCUGUGGCUAUGCCUAUCAUCCAUCUGGGUGCGACGAGUUGCUACGUCGGGGACAAUGCCGAUAUUAUCCAGAUUAAGCAGGGUCUACAACUCAUUCAGCGCAAGAUGGUCAAAGCCAUGAAAGUGCUGGCGGACUUCAGCCUUCAGUACAAGGAUAUGGCCACUAUGGGCUUCACGCACUUCCAGCCGGCGCAGCUUGUGACCGUCGGCAAAAGAUCGUCGCUUUGGCUACAAGACUUGUGGCUUGAUUUCCAGCUCCUCAGUGAGCAGAUUAAGAGUUUGCCUCUACGUGGGGUGAAGGGCACGACCGGCACCCAGGCUAGCUUUCUUGACUUAUUUGAAGGCAGUCACGAUAAAGUCAAGAAGCUGAACGAGCUGGUGGCCGAGAAGAUGGGUUUCAAGAAGGUCAUCCCCGUGUCGGGUCAGACGUACACGCGCAAGAUUGACUACUUUGUGCUGUCGAUCAUGUCGGGCAUUGCCCAGUCAGCAUACAAAAUGGCCGGUGACAUCCGUCUGCUGGCUAAUAUGAAGGAGAUCGAGGAGCCGUUUGAGAAGAGCCAAAUUGGCUCAUCGGCCAUGGCGUACAAGCGCAAUCCGAUGCGCUCGGAGCGUAUCUGUAGCCUCGCGCGCUACGUCAUUUCGCUAACGGACAAUGGCGCGCAGACCCACGCUGCCCAGUGGUUUGAGCGCACGCUUGAUGACUCGGCGAACCGCCGCAUGGUGUUGCCAGAAGCCUUCCUGGCAACAGACGUCAUCUUAAAUUUGAUCAUCAACGUGUCGGAUGGCCUGCAGGUGUGGCCCAAUGUCAUCAAGGCGCACAUCAAGGCUGAGCUGCCGUUCAUGGCCACGGAGAAUAUUUUGAUGGCUUGUGUGAAGGCCGGUGGUGACCGGCAGGAGCUUCACGAGGCCAUCCGCGCGCAUUCGAUGGAGGCUGGCAAACGUGUGAAAGUAGAGGGUGCCGCCAAUGACCUCCUGGAGCGCAUCGCUGGCGAUCCCUUGUUCAAGGUUGUGCACGAUCACAUGGACGAGCUGCUCGACCCGUCGCUUUUCAUUGGCCGCUGUCCGCAGCAGGUAGUGGAGUUCAUUGAUGAAGAGAUUGCUCCUAUUCUCAACGAGUACGCUUCACUGAUUGAGGUUGCCAACGUGGACGACAUCAACGUGUAA